AUGAUUGAAUAAAUAGUAAAGUUGUGUUUAGAGAAUUUGCUUGAUUAUUCAGAGGAAAGAAGAUAAAUGAUAUUAGAACUUGAAUGUUCUUCUAAGUUAUAGAGAAUUAGAGAUUGUUAAGGAGAAACCAGAAGAUGUUAAUUUCAUUUAAAAAACUUACUUGAUACAAAUAGUGAAAAUAUUUCUGGUUUAAAAGCUUUGUUAAUGAAAACCUUAUAGUAUUCUCUUUAAUGGAUUUAAGAUUAGCAAUUUGCUAACUUGGCUUAGGAUAUUUUAUAAAUAUUUGACAAACACAACAUUGAUUUUGAGAUCCAAGAUAUAAACAAUUUUGUUUAAUAUCCAAAAAUAUGUUCAUUAUUGAUACUCAUAGCAGCAAGACAUAAAAGAUAUAUCGAUUGUUCGUAUUUACUACUAAAAUUAAAUGAAAUAGAUCACAUAGACUUACGUUUAGUGAUAAACUCUAUUUUAUUUAUGGAUUUACAAGAUGAGAUGAUAUUUAAACAAUUAAUGUAAGUUUGUUUGGAAAAUGAAUACAUGAAAGAAAUAAAAAAUAUCUUAUUGAAUCCAAAUCCUCAUCCAUAGAUAUUUGAAUUAGCAUUCAAUGUUUUCUAACAAAUUGAUCAUGAAUGUUGGGAAUCAUCCAUAAUAUACAUGCAAAGAAAUUAUUAAUGUAAUGUCGAGAGGGUUAAAAAGUAGAUCUUAUUAUUUGAUUAAUUGAAUCAAGGUUUAAUUCAAUUAAUAAAUUAGAUAAUUGAUAAGAAAUUAGGAAAUGAAUUAGUUUUAAAAUUAGAUAAAUUUAGAUUGUGUAAGAAUUAUUAUGAUUUGUUAACAAUUUUAUUAUUAAAUGAUAUAGAGGAAGGGAUAGAUUACAGAUAAGAAUUAAAGAAAAUUCCUGAUGAAUAUUUUGAUAGAGGAGAUGAAUACAGUUAGAGUUGUUUAUAUUUAUUUGUAGAAACAUUAUUGGCAUGUGGAAUAGUAGAUUAAAGAUCUAGUUUGGAUAGUAAAUUGGAAUACCAUAUGGAGAAAUGGUCAAUGGAGAAUGA